GCCAGGAAUCAUUAGUAGCAGGCAGAAGGGUCACGAAAGAACAGGCAGAGAUGGUCAUGCUGUGACUAUCAUUCCGCCCACAGUGCUGGCUGCCAGCCCAAGUUCCAGCGGGAUAACAUCCAGCGGUGCUGGACGCACCGCUGUAUUCUCUCUACAUAUGCAGUCUUGAGGUGCACAACACCAUCCAUUCUGAUCUCUCUGGCGAUGUCGACAACGAUGGAGAAUCAGAAACUCAACGAAGAAAACACGUUGCCGCCGCCGCCGCCACCAGCGCCCCCUCUACCACCACUCCACGAGAACAGUUCAGAAAAGGCGUCGAUUGCACUCAAAGUUCGAGAUGCCCCACAUGGCUGGGCAUUUGAAGGUCAAACUACCGGAUCGUUCUGGGACUACAUAACACCAUUUGCGGGAACCUACUUCUUCUACGGUUCCUUACAAGACCCCGAUGUCCUGAGCGAUGUUCUGGGCCUCAAGUCUCCUCCAGCCCUUCGGCCGGCACGAAUCGUCGGCUACAAAGUUCGGCUUUGGGGCCAAUAUCCCGCGCUGUCAUCAGAACCAGAUGGACAUCUCCAAGGCCUCGCGUUCGAAGUCCCCGACGAGGCAAGUGCCUCCAGGCUUGCGAAAUAUGAGACUAACAGCUAUCGGCCGAAACCAUGCAUCAUAGAAAUCGAAGACACCGAUGGCAAUGGACAGACUACCAAGGUUAAUGGAUAUGUGUUUGAGUUCUGCGGGAACCCAAACGAUUUGUCCGAUGGAACCUUUGAUCUUGAGCGUUGGAGACACUUGAACGGGAGGAAGUAUGGAAAUGCAUAAUCUCGGCUUUGUAGAGAAUUAAUGACCCUUUAAAACCUUCGGCCAGAUCGGAUUUCACCCUGGAGCUCUACCAUGACACAUGUCUGUGAGCACGAUGUCUGGAAUAUCAUUGAUCACGUAUAGAAGCGUUGCUGUUCUUAACCCAGCUCGCAGAAGAACGAACUCGACAUGAACAUGAAACUCCAGCCCGCCCCGGACUCUUUAGUCUCCUAGGAUGUAUCGCACAAAAAUUGUGAUCGAGGGAACUCUGGCUCGACGAGGUCUUGGUGUCAUAUCUGGCCGAGGCCGGCGUGGAUGCGUGGUUCUG